AUGGCUACUACAACAACGCAGACAUACACCCAACACAAGCAGGGAGUGUUGGAAUUUUCUCUGCCUGUCUCUAGUGACACCGAUAACACGUCGAUAUCACAAAGUGAUAUCGACAGCACUUCUACCGUCUCUGAAAUACUACCCGAUAUUCCUCUUCCGCCACCGUCGAAAGCACCAACUGAGAUUUUGAGUGUGGAUCGGGACACGCCAGAUAGCCAUGUACCCCGUGAUCCUCGUUUGAUUAGGCUGACUGGCGUUCAUCCGUUCAAUGUUGAGCCUCCACUGACAGCACUGUUUAAAGAGGGCUUCUUGACAUCCCCAGAGCUAUUCUACGUCAGAAAUCAUGGACCGGUCCCACGAGUUCGGGAUGAAGACAUCCCAAGCUGGGAACUUAGCAUCGAAGGUCUUGUUGAAAACCCCAUUGUCCUCAACUUUCAACAGAUCCUGCAAGAAUUCGACCAGAUCACCGCUCCCAUAACUCUUGUAUGCGCCGGCAACCGACGCAAAGAGCAGAACCAAGUUCGCAAGUCCAAAGGCUUCUCAUGGGGAGCAGCGGGUGUCUCAACCGCCCUGUUCACGGGCCCUAUGAUGCGGGACAUCAUUAAACGAGCAAAGCCAAUGAGAACGGCCAAAUAUAUUUGUAUGGAAGGGGCAGAUAAACUGCCGAACGGAUAUUACGGUACAUCAGUCAAGCUCAACUGGGUCAUGGAUCCCAAUCGAGGCAUUAUGCUCGCCCACAAAAUGAAUGGCGAAGAUCUCCGUCCUGACCACGGCCGGCCCCUUAGGGCUGUAGUACCAGGGCAAAUCGGUGGCCGAAGCGUCAAGUGGUUGACAAAGUUGAUUGUGACUGACAAGCCUAGCGAUAACUGGUACCACAUCUAUGAUAAUCGAGUUCUUCCGACAAUGGUCUCACCAGAACAAUCUGCCAUAGAGUCCAAGUGGUGGUAUGAUGAUCGAUAUGCUAUCUAUGACCUUAAUGUCAAUUCAGCUGUGGUGUAUCCUCAGCAUGAUGGAGAAUUGAUGCCUGCAACUGCCGGUCCGACGUAUACUGCAAGGGGAUACGCAUACGCUGGAGGCGGUAGACGAAUCAACAGAGUUGAGAUAUCGUUAGAUAAAGGAAAAUCCUGGCGCCUUGCAAACAUAGAAUAUCCCGAAGACAAAUACCGCGACUUCGAAUCAGAUCUCUUUGGCGGCAAAGUCGACAUGUACUGGCGCGAAACAUGUUUCUGCUGGUGUUUCUGGAAUCUCGAUAUUCCUGUCACUGACCUUACCGAAAGCGACGCAAUUCUUGUUCGUGCCAUGGAUGAAGCUCUCAGUAUUCAACCACGAGAUAUGUACUGGUCUGUUCUAGGUAUGAUGAAUAAUCCUUGGUUCAGGGUUGCAAUUGUCAAGGAUGGCGAUGUUAUCAGAUUUGAGCAUCCUACACAACCAGCUCUUAUGCCCGGUGGAUGGAUGGAAAGAGUAAAAAGAGCUGGUGGAGAUCUUGCGAAUGGUCAUUGGGGCGAGGUUAUGAAUACUGAAGAGGCAGAGUCUAAUCAAAAAGCAGUGGAAGAGAUUAGUAUGAAGAAGGAAGGCCUUGACCGUGUUAUCAAUCUUGCAAAGCUCAAGGCUCAUGUUUCAGGGCAAGAGCCUUGGUUCGUUGUGAAUGGUGAGGUAUAUGAUGGCGCAAAGUUUUUGGAAGGUCAUCCCGGUGGUGCUCAGAGCAUCGUGUCCGCAGCAGGCAUGGAUGUAUCUGAGGAAUUCCUUGCAAUUCACAGUGAAACGGCCAAAGCAAUGAUGCCAGACUAUCAUAUUGGCACAUUAGACGAGGAGUCUUUAAAAAACUUGCACGCCGAAUCCCAAAAUCAACCUUCUUCAGACACGCCCGAUGAAAAGUAUCUGCAACCCAAGGCCUGGAAGAAAGCAGAACUAUGUGCCAAACGCUCCAUAUCAUGGGAUACUCGCGUCUUCAUCUUCAAGCUUGACUACGGCCUACAACCCCUCGGUCUACCCACAGGGCAACAUCUUAUGGUCAAACUGAAAGAUGCAACGACCUCAGAAUCCAUAAUCCGCGCAUACACCCCUAUUUCCGAAACAAACCAGCAAGGAACCCUCGACCUUCUCGUAAAAAUCUACAACCCUACCACGACAGAAAAAGGAGGGAAAAUGACCAUGGCACUCGACAAACUACAAAUCGGCGACAACGUCGACAUCAAGGGUCCCAUAGGAAAACUCAUCUAUCUUGGCCACGGUCGAGUCCUAUUAAACGAUAAAGAACGAACCGUCAAAUCUUUCCGAAUGAUUUGCGGUGGAAGCGGUAUCACGCCUAUAUAUCAGGUUUUACGUGCAGUUGUCACAAACACACAAGAUCCCACGGAGUGUGUCGUGUUAGACGGUAACAGAAUGGAAGAAGACAUUCUAUGCCGCGAAGAACUCGAUUCUUACGCCUCGAUGAACGAUAUGCGUUGCACGAUUGUGCAUACACUUACAAGGCCAUCUGGUGACUGGAAGGGGCUCAAGGGAAGAAUAGGAGAGGGGUUGUUGAGACAAUAUGCUGCUCCUUCAGCCGCGGGCGAUAGUUUGGCGUUGAUUUGUGGCCCGAAAGGGAUGGAGAAGGCUGUUAGGGAAGGGUUGUUGAAGAUGGGGUGGGAUGAGAAUGAUCUUGUUUUCUUUUAA